GCAUUCGUGUAGCUUUACUGUUAACUGCAGUAUUUAUGGCUUUGGGAACAGGGAUCAGAUGCUUAACCACAGAUGAGAAAGCUUUUACUAUUUUAGCACAUGUGGGUGCAAUACUCAAUGGAAUGGCAGGCAUUGUUAUUGGAGCUGCUCCUUCUUUAGUUUCAUCCAGGUGGUUCCCUCCAAAUGAACGUACAACUGCCACAGGUAUAGGUUGUACAUUCAAUCAGUUAGGCAAUGCUGGGGGAUUUUUUUUCGGCCCUUGGUUGGUGCACCUGCCAGGAAAUCACUCGAAGCCAGACAAUACCACAAGUGAUACAGAUGUAGAAGAUUUGAGAAGAGCUAUUUAUGACUAUAUGUGGAUAACUGCUGGAAUCUGUGUUGCACUUCUUCUUGGGGUCAUAGCGUACUUUCCAGACAAGCCAUGUAAACCUCCAUCUGUCACUUCCUCACAUCGUGAACAGCUUCCUUUAAAAGAACAAGUUGUUAAACUUUUAAGAAACAAAAGCCUUUUGCUGCUAGUCUUACCGUACAGUAUUACUCUUGGGGUCAACGUAGCAUGGUCAAGUGUCCUCGACAUCAAUCUUGCACCUUUUGAUAUAUCCCAGUGUCUGAUGCAGCUGGCUGUAAUGCUGGAAGUCCAGAUUCAGUCUACAUCAGUACCAGGAAAGCAAAAAGAUUUCUGA